UGUUUCUAAUGGCAACCAACAGUGUUAGUGUUAACUUCAGCCGGGGAGACAUGUAGCGCUGACUGUCAAAACAAACGAAGUCUCCAAUGGAAGACGCAUUGAAAAAGUACAGGGCUCUGCCCCCGAUACCAAGUUUACCAGUUCAGGCCAGUGACUCCAGCCUACCUGAACACAUACGAACAGUGCGGAGAAAACUUCUGAAUCAUAGAAGGAGCAAACUGCAGCAGAAGGAGGUGCAAAAUAUCAUUAUCUCUAGAGCUUUGCAAGCUCACAAGAAGGCCAAGGAUGCAACCCCAGUGGCUCCUCCAUUUCCUGAAACUGAACAACCCUCUAUGAGUGAAGAAAGGAAACGGCAUAUGAACUACAUGUUUCUGAAGGAAUGUGUAGAAAGGAGACCCAUCGUUCCUAUUCAGCAGAGUUGGCUGGAUGACAUGUUGACUCGUGUGUCACCACAGCUCCGACAGGGCAGGCAGGAACUGCUGGAGAAUCUGUGUGAUGAGGUCAGGGAGAGCUUCCAUAGUUGCAUACUCAAACACACAGUUAACAGUUUUCUCAGAAAUCCAGAAAUGGAGCACACGCUUCCCGUCCCACGAGGGUCGUCUUCUGCAAAGACUCUUGACUUCGCCAGGCCUUGGCAUGACAGUUUCAUCAGGAGUCGCAAGCUGAUAAAAAAGAAUUUGCACAUCUUGCAUCCAGUGAUGAAAAUCAUUUUGGAUAUCUGUUACGUCACAUUCUCAGAUCUGCUCCUGGUUGAUCUCUCUGCAUGCAGAUCCUCUGGGCCUGUGUCCUGCGGGAGCUUGAAGAACAAAGUGGCUUUGGAGUGUGAGAGAGUCGAGACAAAGCUCAUGAACACAUGGUUCCCAAAAGUCAUUCACCUGCUCACCAGCAAGGACACUGUGCAAGGAAUCACUACAGAAAAACUAGACGCCUUUUACAACUGUGCCUCCACACUUCUCUCUAAUCAGCUAAAGGCUGUGGUUGAAAGGAGUGUAGUGGCGUUUGUCAACCUGUUUGAUCCACUCAGUACACACAAGCUCCCCCUAUUCAGGAUGAAUCUGACUUUUGAGGAAGAAAAGAUGGACUUCUAUCCUAGCUUUCAGGAUAUGGAAGAAGCUGUGCUGGAAAUUUUUACCUCAAUCUCCAAUACCAUGCAGAAAGUGCAAACUGUUCAAUCCUGGCUCUCAGAGACCAACAACUCAGUAAUCGAUGCUAAACUUGUCGAUCAUGUACGAGCAUGGGCUGAGACCACUCUGAAAAAUGCUGUCUGGAAAAACCUGGAGGCACCAAAUCAACACUUUCAGAAUUACUCAAACAACUAUGACUGGCUAGUGAAUAGGACAGCACAGGACCUGGUAGAGAAAUUUAUCCAAGAGGAGCACAGUUUUGAUCAGUAUACUCAACAAGUAGAGAAAUUCCAGGCUCUGUCUCGAGAGAUCUCCAGCCUCCCCUCAGUGGCUCACUUUGACAUGAUCCGCUUGGACUGUGAGGAGCUGAAACAAGGACUGGCGAAGAAAGCUGAGACCUUCGCUCAGAUCCUUUUGGAACAACUGAUCAACACACAGCGCCAGCAAUGUCUUGAAAUCUGUGAAGAGUUUGAGACAAUUCAGAAAAAGGCUAUGAAAAAACCUGAGACAACUGAGGACAUGAUAGAGAUGAUUGCUUACAUCAGCCAUGCAAGAACCAAGGGACUAGAAGAGCUCCACAGUAAGAUAAUGGAAACACAUCAACGAUUCACUUACCUGCUGCAUGUGCACACAUUCAGUGCAGAGGAUUUGGAGCUUAAUUCCAAAAUGGUGCUGUGGCCACAAAAUAUCAAUCCAAUAUUUGAUCUCAACAAUGAGUUGUUGGAACAAGCUAAGCAGAAAGGAGAGCAGGAGUUGCAGGGCAAGAGGGAGAAACUAAUGCUGAAACUGGUGAAACUUGGCAGAAGGAUGGAGGAAUUUGCAGAGUGUUCAGAGCUGGAUAUGAUGCAACAGUAUGUGACAGAAAUAAAAACUGUGCAGAAGUGGCUUCAGGAGUUUGAGGACUCCAUUUCCUUCAUCAACAAAGAAGAAGCUCUUUACAAAUGGGAUCAAACUGUUUAUCCAGAGAUUGAUGUUAUGAAGGAAAACAUUGAGCCUUAUCAGAAGGUUUUUGGGCUGGUGCUGAAAUGGCAGCGCACUGAGAAGAGAUGGAUGGACGGGUCCUUCUUAGAUUUGAAUGGUGAGAGCAUGGAAGCUGAGCUGGACGAGUUCUUUCGAGAAAUCUACAAGAUGCUGAAGUCCUUUCAGCAGAAACAGAAGAAGGCAGAGCAGGGGAGAGAGAGACAAGUAGCAAUGAAGCGAAGACCUGGAGAAGGAGAUGAUGACCAUCUAGAAAGUCCCACUGCUCUUAUGUGUAUCAAAGUCAUAGAACAAAUCAAGGAGUUUAAGGAACAUAUCCCGAUGGUGUCUAUACUGUGUAAUCCAGGUAUCAGGGCGCGGCAUUGGGAACAGAUGUCUGAAAUUGUGAACCACGACCUGACGCCUAACUCGGGCACAACUCUACGCAAAGUCCUCAAACAGAAUCUCAGCGCUUAUAUGGAGCAUUUUGAAACAAUAAGUGCUGCUGCCAGCAAAGAAUUCUCUCUGGAGAAAGCUUUGCAGAACAUGGUGGAGACCUGGGAUAUCAUAUCAUUCAGUCAUCAUGCGCACAGAGAGUCUGGCGUGUCCAUACUGACAGCAGUGGAUGAGAUUCAGACUAUGCUGGAUGACCAGAUAGUGAAGACCCAGACCAUGAGGGGUUCCCCUUUUAUCAAGCCUUUUGAAAAGGAGAUCAAGGCCUGGGAGGAGCGUCUGAUCCGUAUCCAGGACACCAUAGACGAGUGGCUAAAGGUGCAGGCCCAGUGGCUUUACCUGGAGCCCAUCUUUAGCUCACAAGACAUAAUGCAGCAAAUGCCUGAAGAGGGCCAACUAUUUCAGACAGUGGACAAGCACUGGAGAGAAGUCAUGAGACACUGUGUGAAAGACCCAAAGGUUUUACCUGCAACUUCUCUGACUGGCUUACUUGAAAAGCUUCAGGAGUCAAAUAACCUUCUGGAGCAAAUCAUGAAAGGACUUAAUGCUUACCUUGAGAAGAAAAGACUAUUCUUUCCACGCUUCUUCUUCCUCUCGAAUGAUGAGAUGCUGGAGAUCCUCUCUGAAACCAAGGAUCCUCUACGAGUGCAGCCCCACCUGAAGAAGUGUUUUGAGGGCAUUGCCAAGCUGGACUUUCUGCCCAACCUGGACAUCCAGGCCAUGUACAGCAGCGAGGGGGAGCGAGUGGAACUGAUCCAGCUGAUCUCCACCUCGGAGGCACGGGGAGCUGUAGAGAAGUGGCUUGUGCAGGUGGAGGACGUGAUGCUAAGCAGCAUUAGAGAUGUGAUUAAUCGCUCCAGACUGGCCUACCCAGAGACCAAGAGGAGUCAGUGGGUUCGUGAGUGGCCUGGCCAGGUGGUUCUCUGUACCUCUCAAAUGUACUGGACUCAAGAAGUACAUGAAGCUAUCAGGAGUGGAGUUGGUGGUCUGAAGAACUACUACAAUCAGCUGCAGAGCCAGCUGAAGGACAUCGUUGAGCUGGUCAGAGGAAAACUGCCCAAACAGACUCGCACUACUCUAGGAGCGCUGGUCACUAUAGAUGUACAUGCCCGUGAUGUGGUGAUGGAGAUGAUUGAGAAAGGUGUUUCUCAUGAGACUGAUUUCCAGUGGCUGGCCCAACUGCGUUAUUACUGGAACAAUGACAAUGUUCGUGUCUGCAUAAUAAACUGUGAUGUCAAGUACGCUUAUGAGUACUUGGGGAAUUCUCCUCGCCUGGUCAUCACACCUUUAACAGAUCGAUGCUAUCGAACUUUGAUUGGAGCAUUUUAUCUGAAUUUAGGUGGCGCUCCUGAAGGACCUGCAGGAACUGGCAAGACGGAGACCACUAAAGACCUGGCCAAAGCCCUUGCUGUGCAGUGUGUAGUGUUCAACUGUUCUGAUGGACUUGACUACCUAGCCAUGGGGAAGUUCUUUAAGGGCCUGGCCUCUUCCGGUGCGUGGGCGUGCUUUGAUGAAUUCAACCGCAUUGAGCUGGAGGUGCUGUCUGUGGUGGCCCAGCAAAUCCUGUGCAUUCAGAGAGCCAUUGAGAUGAAGCUGGAGUUUUUCGACUUUGAGGGUACUGAGCUUCGCCUCAACCCAAACUGCUUUGUAGCCAUCACCAUGAACCCUGGAUAUGCUGGCAGAUCUGAGCUUCCUGAUAAUCUUAAGGUUUUGUUCAGAACUGUUGCAAUGAUGGUCCCCAACUAUGCUCUGAUCGCAGAGAUCUCCCUGUAUUCUUAUGGCUUCUUGAACGCCAAGCCACUUUCAGUGAAGAUAGUGAUGACCUACAGGCUUUGCUCUGAGCAGUUGUCCUCCCAGUUCCACUAUGACUAUGGCAUGAGAGCUGUCAAAGCUGUACUAGUAGCAGCAGGAAACCUCAAGCUCAAGUUCCCAGAUGAGAAUGAAGAUAUUCUUCUUCUCCGGUCCAUCAAGGAUGUGAAUGAGCCCAAGUUUCUCUCACACGACAUCCCUCUCUUUAAUGGAAUUACUAGUGAUCUCUUCCCUGGCAUCUCUCUCCCUGCAGCUGACUAUCAGCUUUUCCUGGACUGUGCUCAAGAAUGCUGUAAGAAACACAAUGUUCAGCCUGUGAAGGUUUUCUUGGACAAAAUGAUCCAGACCUAUGAGAUGAUGAUUGUGCGUCAUGGGUUUAUGCUUGUUGGUGAACCAUUUGCUGGAAAGACGAAAGUGCUCCAUGUUUUAGCUGACACCCUCACACUCAUGAAUGAGAGAGGAUAUAACGAUGAGGAGAAAGUGCAGUACCGCACUGUCAACCCCAAAUCCAUAACCAUGGGCCAGCUUUUUGGCCAAUUUGACCCUGUAUCACAUGAGUGGACCGACGGAAUUGUGGCGAACACUUUUCGGGAGUUUGCCUCAGCAGAGACACCAGACAGGAAGUGGGUGGUGUUUGAUGGACCCAUUGACACACUCUGGAUUGAGAGCAUGAACACUGUGCUUGAUGAUAACAAAAAGCUGUGCCUAAUGAGUGGAGAAAUUAUCCAGAUGUCCAAUCAGAUGAGUUUGAUUUUUGAGGCCAUGGACCUGUCACAGGCCUCACCAGCAACAGUGAGCCGCUGUGGAAUGAUCUACAUGGAGCCUUCUCAACUUGGGUGGCUUCCUCUCGUGACGUCCUGGUUAAACACUCUACCUCAACCUCUUCAGACGCAGGAGAAUUCCACAUUACUGUUGGAGCUGUUUAAUUGGCUAAUCCCGCCGGCACUCAGAAUGUUACGAAAAAACUGUAGAGAAGUUGUCUCCACCACCAACAGCAAUACAGUCGUGUCUCUGACUCGACUGUUUGAAAUGCUGCUCACUGAACCCGUAACUGAAGAACCUGGAAACAAGAAUAUACGCACAUGGAUCAUGGCUGCUUUCGCCUUUUCCUUGGUGUGGUCUAUUGGUGGGAGCUGUGAUAGAGACAGUCGUGAAAGAUUUGAUCAGUUUCUGAGGGAAAUAUUGUCUGGAAAAUUAGAGGAGCACCCCAUUCCUGCUGCUGUUUCAAAGUGGGAAUGUCCUUUUAAUGACAAGGGUCUCGUUUAUGACUACUCUUAUGAGUUCAAAGGAAAAGGCUGUUGGAUUCACUGGAAUGAAUCAAUAAAGAACGUCACUUUAGGAGAUAAGAACACCAAAGUGCAGGACAUUAUUGUUCCUACAAUAGACACAGUGCGCUACACCUACCUUAUGGAUCUUUGUAUCAGUUAUGGAGUGCCUCUCCUUUUUGUUGGUCCGACUGGCACUGGCAAAUCUGUUUAUGUGAAGGAGAAACUCAUGAACAAUCUUAACAAGGAGCGCUACCUUCCCUUCUUUAUCAACUUCUCUGCUCGAACAAGCGCCAACCAGAGCCAGAACAUUAUUAUGGCCAGGCUGGACAAGCGAAGAAAGGGGGUAUUUGGACCUCCAAUGGGAAAGAAAUGCAUCAUUUUUGUGGAUGACAUGAACAUGCCAGCAAUGGAAGUGUUUGGUGCUCAGCCUCCCAUUGAGCUGCUUCGUCAGUACUUCGACCAUGGGAACUGGUAUGACCUAAAAGACACAUCCAAAAUCACUCUGGUUGACGUGCAACUGAUCUCAGCCAUGGGACCCCCUGGUGGUGGGAGGAAUGCAGUGACCCCUCGGUUCCUGCGGCACUUUAACAUCUGUAGUAUGAAUGCGUUCAGUGAUGACACCAUGUCACGAAUCUUCUCUAAUGUGGUAGCCUUUUACCUUCGCAACAAUGACUUCCCAAACGACUGCUUCUCCAUUGGCAACCAGAUAGUUGCUGCUACUUUGGAGGUUUAUAAAAAGGCUAUGGAGAACCUACUUCCCACACCGGCUAAGUCUCACUACACGUUCAACCUGCGGGAUUUUUCUCGAGUGGUGCAGGGAUGCCUACUUUUAAAGAAGGAAUCUCUGGAGAACAAGCGCACCAUGAUCCGACUGUUUGUUCACGAAGUGUUCAGAGUCUUCUACGAUCGUCUGGUGGAUGACCAAGACCGAGACUGGCUUUACAAACUCAUGAAGAACAUUGUGAAGGAGCAUUUCAAGGAGAGUUUUGACACUGUCUUUGAGCAUUUAAAAGCUGGGAAAAAUAGUCUCUGUGAAGAAGACAUGAGGAGCCUGUUGUUUGGAGACUACAUGACCCCUGAUGUGGAAGCCAGUGAGAGGUUGUAUGCAGAGGUUCCUAGCAUGGAAAGCUUCAGUCAGGUGGUGGAGUCUUAUUUGACGGAGUACAACCAGACACACAAGAACCGCAUGAACCUGGUCAUCUUUCGCUAUGUCCUGGAGCACCUGUCCAGGAUCAGCCGUGUUCUGAAGCAGCCGGGGGGAAAUGCUCUGCUGGUGGGUGUUGGGGGAAGUGGUCGUCAGUCCAUCACCAGGCUGGCUACGUUCAUGGCUGACAUGACUCUGUUCCAGCCUGAGAUUUCCAAGAAUUAUGGCAUGAACGAGUGGAGAGAAGACCUAAAGCUUCUGUUGAAGAAAGCAGGUGUGAAGGGCCAGAAGACAGUUUUCCUCCUCACAGAUGCUCAGAUAAAAGAAGAGGCCUUCUUAGAGGACGUAGACAGUGUCUUAAACACAGGGGAGGUCCCAAACCUGUUUGCUGUGGAUGAAAAGCAAGAGAUCAUGGAGGCGGUGCGACCCAUAGCUCAGGCUGGUAAUAAGAGUUUGGAGUUCAGUCCACUGGCUUUGUUUGCCUUCUUUGUGAAUCGCUGUAGAGAGAACCUGCACGUCGUAGUCGCUUUCAGCCCUAUUGGAGACGCCUUCAGAAACCGUCUGAGGCAGUUCCCCUCUCUGAUCAACUGCUGCACCAUCAACUGGUUCCAGCCUUGGCCUGAAGAGGCACUGGAGCGAGUAGCCAACAAGUUUUUAGAGACGCUGGAGAUGAGCGAUCACGAGCGGCAAGAAGUUAUGCUGAUCUGCAAGACUUUCCACACGUCUGCAAUUCAUCUGUCCGAAAAGUUUCUGUCGGAGCUCGGUCGCCACAACUAUGUGACUCCUACUUCCUAUUUGGAGCUCAUAGCUGCUUUUCGACUGCUGCUUACUAAUAAACGAGACACAGUCAUGAAUGCUAAGAAAAGAUAUACAAAUGGUCUGGACAAACUGGCUUUUGCUGAAUCUCAGGUGGGUGAAAUGAAGAAGGAGCUUGUGGACCUGCAGCCCAAACUAGAGCAGGCCAAGAUAGACAACAUAAAAAUGGUGCAGGUAAUAGAGGUGGAGUCAGUACAGGUUGAAGCUAAGAGUAAAGUAGUCCGUGUGGAGGAGGAGGCUGCCUCCCAGAAAGCAGCCGAAGCUCAGGCUCUGAAGAACGAGUGUGAGAGUGACCUUGCUGAAGCCAUCCCUGCUCUGGAGGCUGCUCUUUCUGCUCUUGACACACUGAAGCCCUCUGAUGUUACCAUCGUAAAGUCUAUGAAAAAUCCCCCAUCCGGAGUUAAACUAGUGAUGGCAGCAGUAUGCGUAAUGAAGGACAUUAAACCUGAGAAGAUAAAUGACCCUGCAGGAACUGGACAGAAGAUUCUGGACUAUUGGGGUCCAAGCAAGAAGCUGCUGGGGGACAUGAAUUUCCUGAGGGACUUGAAGGUUUAUGACAAGGACAACAUUCCCGCACCAGUCAUGCACAAAAUCCGUAGCGAGUAUAUGACCAACCCUGACUUUGACCCCACCAAAGUGGCCAAGGCCUCUUCUGCAGCUGAGGGUCUGUGCAAAUGGAUCACUGCCAUGGAGGUUUAUGACAGAGUGGCCAAGGUGGUGGCUCCUAAGAAGGCUAACCUGAUUGUGGCGCAGCAGUCACUGGCUGCAACUAUGGCUCUGCUGAACCAGAAAAGAGCUGAGCUGAAAGAAGUGGAGGACCGGCUGGCCGCCCUGAAAAAGACACUGGAGGAGAAAACUGAGGAGCAGGCUCAGUUACAAUUCCAGGUGGACCUCUGUGCUCGCAAGCUGGAGAGAGCCGAGAAACUCAUCGGGGGAUUAGGAGGAGAAAAGACUAGGUGGUCUAAAGCAGCAGAUGACCUUCAGAAUACGUAUGACAAUUUGACAGGUGACGUGCUGAUAUCUGCUGGUGUAAUUGCUUACCUUGGAGCUUUCACUGCUGGCUUCCGUCAAAACUGCACUAAAGAAUGGACCAAACUCUGCAAGUCCAAGAACAUCCCUUCUUCAGAUGAUUUCUCUCUGAGUAAAACCCUUGGCGAUCCAAUCAAGAUCAGGGCCUGGAAUAUCUCUGGCCUGCCCACUGACAGUUUCUCCAUUGAUAAUGGUGUCAUUGUGAGCAACUCCAGAAGAUGGCCUCUGAUGAUUGACCCCCAGGGUCAGGCCAACAAGUGGGUGAAAAACUCAGAAAGAGAGAAUAACCUGAACGUGAUAAAGCUUACUGAUGCAGAUUAUAUGAGGACCCUGGAGAACUGCAUUCAGUUUGGCACUCCUCUACUGCUGGAGAAUGUGGGAGAAGAACUGGACCCUUCCUUAGAGCCUCUACUGCUCAAACAGAUAUUUAAACAAGGAGGUAUGGACUGUAUCCGGCUGGGGGAGAGUGUGAUUGAGUUCUCGAGUGAUUUCCGCUUUUAUAUCACCACUAAGCUCAGAAACCCUCAUUAUCUGCCUGAGCUGGCCACUAAAGUGUCCCUGCUCAACUUCAUGAUCACCCCGGAGGGUCUGGAGGACCAGCUGUUGGGCAUUGUGGUGGCAAAGGAGAGGCCAGAGUUAGAAGAGGAGAGGAAUGCCCUGAUACUGCAAUCUGCUGCCAAUAAGAAGCAGCUGAAAGAAAUUGAAGACAAAAUUCUGGAGACUCUGCAAUCCUCAGAGGGGAAUAUCCUGGAGGAUGAGAGUGCUAUCCAGAUUCUGGACUCCGCCAAGAUAAUGUCUAAUGAGAUCUCCAAGAAACAGCAGAUUGCAGAGAAGACUGAACUUAAGAUAGCAGAAUCAAGAGAAGGUUAUAGACCCAUCGCUAAACACUCCUCCAUCUUGUUCUUCAGCAUCGCAGACCUGGCCAAUAUUGACCCUAUGUACCAGUACUCGCUCAACUGGUUUGUCAACCUGUACAUCAACUCCAUACAAGACAGUAACAAGUCAAAGAUUCUAGAGAAGAGACUGAGAUAUCUGAUUAACCAUUUUACCUACAACCUGUACUGCAAUGUGUGCCGCUCUCUCUUUGAGAAGGACAAACUGCUGUUCUCCUUCCUCCUCUGCUCCAAUUUACUGCUGGCUAAGAAAGAGAUUGAGUACGCAGAGUUCAUGUUCCUGCUCACAGGUGGAGUGGGUCUGCAGAAUAACGUCCCCAAUCCUGACCCUAACUGGCUACAAGACAAAAGCUGGGAUGAGAUCUGUCGAGCCAGUGACCUGCCUGGCCUACAGGGCCUCAGGCAAAGUUUCAUCAAGAACCCUGAGAGCUUCCUGCCUAUUUAUGACAGUAAGGAGCCGUAUAACACUCCACUCCCGAAACCCUGGUGUGACAAGCUCAGCGACUUUCAGAAAAUGAUCAUUUACCGCUGCCUUAGGCCAGACAAAAUUGAACCAGCCAUUAGUAAUUACAUUACUGGCAAACUGGGCAAAAAGUUUGUCGAACCACCACCGUUUGAUCUGAGUAAGAGCUACAACGAUUCCAACUCCACAAUCCCACUAGUCUUUGUGCUCUCUCCUGGAGCAGACCCUAUGGCUAGUUUGCUGAAGUUUGCCAACGAUAAGAACAUGGGCGGUGCCAAUUUCAAGUCAAUCUCUCUGGGUCAGGGCCAGGGUCCUAUAGCUGUGAAGAUGAUCCAAUCAGCCAUGAAAGAGGGCACCUGGGUGUGUCUGCAGAACUGCCAUCUGGCCGUAUCCUGGAUGUCCACUUUGGAGAAGAUCUGUGAGGAUUUUAGCCCAGAAACCUGCCACCCAGAUUUCCGUCUGUGGCUCACUAGCUACCCCUCCCCCAUGUUCCCAGUGACCAUCCUGCAGAAUGGGGUGAAGAUGACGAAUGAGCCGCCCACAGGCCUCAGGCUAAACCUGCUGCAGUCCUACCUCUCUGACCCUGUUUCUGAUCCUCAGUUCUUCUCAGCAUGCUCAAACAAAGAGCUGGUCUGGGAAAAGCUCCUGUAUGGGGUUUGCUUCUUCCAUGCCCUAGUCCAGGAGAGAAAGAAGUUUGGACCGCUGGGCUGGAACAUUCCAUAUGGGUUCAAUGAAUCGGAUUUGCGCAUUAGCAUCAGGCAGUUGCAGCUGUUUGUGAACAGCUAUGAAGAAGUCCCAUUUGAGGCCAUCACUUAUCUGACAGGAGAGUGUAACUACGGUGGGCGAGUGACAGAUGACUGGGACCGCCGUCUUCUAUUGACAAUCCUAGCAGACUUCUACAAUAAAGACAUUAUAGAGAACCCUCGAUACAUGUUCUCUCCCAGCGGCAAAUACUACUCACCUCCAAAGUCCAUUUACGAAGACUAUGUGGAGUUUAUCAGGAACCUUCCUGCUACCCAACAUCCAGAAGUGUUUGGUAUGCACGAGAACGUGGACAUCUCUAAAGACCUGCAGCAAACCAAACUUCUGUUUGAUUCCCUGAUUCUGACUCAGGGGGGAGGUUCAAAGGGAGGAGCUAGUUCUGGAGGAGAUAGCACUCUGAUGGAUAUUGCCAACAACAUCCGUACUAAACUUCCAGAAAACUUCAACAUCGACUCUGCCCUCAACAAAUUCCCAGUGCUGUAUGAAGAGAGCAUGAACACUGUGCUUGUGCAGGAGAUGGAACGUUAUAAUAAUUUGUGUAACACCAUCCGAGUGAGCCUGCAGAAUCUGCUGAAGGCCAUUAAGGGGCUGGUGGUGAUGGAUGCAGAACUGGAGGCUAUAGCAGGCAGUCUGCUAGUGGGGAAAGUGCCAGAGAAGUGGGCCAAGCGCUCCUACCCCAGCCUCAAGCCCCUGGGCAGCUACAUCACUGACUUCCUCACCAGGCUCAAAUUUCUCCAGGACUGGUAUGACACCACGAAGCCCAACGUGUUCUGGCUGUCUGGCUUCUUCUUCACCCAAGCUUUCCUGACAGGAGCCAUGCAGAACUAUGCCAGGAAAUACUCCAUUCCAAUUGAUCUGCUCAGCUUCGACUAUGAGGUUCUGCCUUUUGACACUUCAGCCACUUCUCCUGAGGAUGGAGUAUACGUUCAUGGCCUCUUUCUGGAUGGAGCGAGAUGGGAUAAGAAAAGUGGCGUCUUAGCUGAACAGCAUCCCAAAGUCCUUUUCGAUUCAGUCCCCAUCAUUUGGAUAAAACCAACGGAUAAACGGGCUGUGAAGGAAUCCCAGAACAUCUACGUGUGUCCUCUCUAUAAGACCAGUGAGAGAAAAGGUACUCUGUCCACCACAGGCCACUCCACGAACUUCGUCAUCUCCAUUAUGCUGCCCACCAGCAAGCGCCCACAACACUGGAUCAAGAGAGGGGUGGCCAUGCUCUGCCAGCUGGAUAAUUAAUAACGGACUCCUUAGCAGCUUCUAAGGCUUGACAUAUAAAUCACUAUUGUUGAAUCAGUUCUUUAUUAUAUGAUGAUGCCCCAAAUGUGAAAUCUGCAGUUAUUGAAUGUAAUUUAAAAUAAAUAAAUAUGGGCCAUGCAAACA